GUUUUUAUUUUUCGAUCGCCCGGCUCUUGCAACAAUGGCCAACGGCAGUGCUGCGUCGCCGGAUGGGUUCCCGACCAAGUGCAAGGACUGGAAGCACCUCGAUGAGGAGCUCGAGCGCUACAUGCACAAGACCAACUCGUGCUUCGUGGCCAAGCGGACGCAGAAGAUGCAGUCAUACCUCAACCAGAUGGACAAGAAGCGCAAUGGCCGCGAGAAGACGCGGUCCCGGCGCUUCUUCCAGAGCGCGACGAUCGCGCUGCCCGAGUACCGGCGGAAGGAGUUCAUGUGCGUCGAGGGCGAAAAGUCGCAUGCGACGUCAGGCGACAAGUGCCCAUUCCGCUUUAUCGCGCAGACCGAGUGGGACGCGAAGCGCAAGGAGUACUCGAUCCAGAUCGCCCAGAAGAACCUCGUGCACAACCACGAGCUCUCGGCCGAGGCGUGGCGACGAUACCCGUCCGUGAAGCGCAUGCUCUGGGACGAGUCGUGCCAAUACCUCUUGGAGAUCACGCACGCGGUCAAAGGCUCGCGCUCGGAGCUCUUCAAGCUCAUUGAGAAGAAGCAUCCUGGCGUGUUUACCAUGAAGGACAUCCACAACCGGUUCAGCGCCUUGACGCAAGCGGCGAACGCGGCGAAUGCGCCCAACCCGGAAUCGGGCGAGACGAUGGAAAUCCCCAUGCCGUCGUCGGUGCACGCCGGCAUGACGGAGGCGCAGCUGCUGCAAGCGGCCAACAACGAGCUCGUCCAGCAGCAGCUGGCGCAACAGCAAUCGUCGGCGCACGCGCUCGUGGACCAGCAACUGCUCGAGAACAACGCGAUGGCUGCGACCCAGCUCAUCCAGGCGCUCAACGGCACGGACGCCGACAACCACAAGUACGAUAUGCCCGCCGGCAGCGAGAACCACCACUUGAUGUCGGAAUCACUGCACGGCAGCGACGCCCAUCUGAUGGUCCAAGCCAUGGAGGACGACGACGACGACGACGCCUUGCCCCACGACCCGACGACGCAGCUUUCCAUUUAAGAAGCCGGCGCUUUUGACUUUUCCAUCCCGCGCGGCCGCUGAAUGCCAAUCUUAUUCUUACGUAGCCACCAUCUCAACCUCUCGAUCGCAAUGGGGAAUGGGGAAAUGCA